GACCAUAAAGUGAAUUAUAUAAGAUUCAGAUUAAUUUGGAGAAGCAGGAUAACUCUAGACUGAGCACCUUGCCAUUUGUGUGACAUAAAAGUCUCUAAAAUUGGAUAGAAUGUUGAAAGGGAUAUUCCUGUGUGUAUUACUUGCUGUGCUCUCUGCAAACUCAAUGGCACAGCCUACUGGAUCUGCAGACCCAGAUGCGAUUAUGGAACGAGAAGUUCGGGGAGUUCUUUCUAAUGUCAUAGGUUAUCUCAAAAAACUUGGAACAGGUGCUUUAAAUGCUGUAUUGAAACAAAAACGAGAAGCCAAACUUCCCAAUUCUGAGGCUAUCAAUUAUGCUCAUUCCAAGAGAUUUCUUUCAUUUCUUCUUGGGCCAUUGAUAGAUUUGAUUAGCAAGGGAAAACGUGAUGCUAACAGUACGUAAGAAAUACCCUGGUAUGGUAAAUGGAUAAAAUGGGGCAGAUUAAUCUUGAAAGUCACAGUGCGGAAGAUUAUCAUUUUGAGACACUGAGACCUACAAAAAUAUACCCCUAUUUCAGUCCACAGGAAAUAAAAUAAAUGUAUUAUCCCGAAAA